GGACAAGUCAUGGUUAAAUAUUUAGUCGUCUGAGGGCAAGGCAAUGAGUGAAAAGUGAUGUUAUUUUUGAAGUGGGUCGUUCAUGGACAAAUCAUUCAAUGAAAGGUACGAUCGACUCGAGUCAACUGUUGCAUGGUGGCCGCGAUAACGUUUAUGUCCAAUCGACAAAUAAGGAUAGCCUACAUAUGUCAUCUCUUCAAACUCCUGCUGCCCAAGAGAAGAUCAAGGACGUGACGCAAAUAUUUUAUACAAAUGAAGAUGUCAGAAGAGAUACAGGAAUGAAUCCAAUCAGCAGAGCUUCUGACCUACCUCAGCCAAUCAAUCAAGACCAGAGACUUGGUCUGGUUGCACCCUCAGUAGAGAAAGUAGAGGUCAUCAAGGUGUACCUUGAGGCACGCAAACAGAGAGAACCCAAACAACCGAGUGUCAAGAUGCUGACAGAUGAGGUGUCUCAAAUACAGGAGGUGAGGUACUGUCUAAAGACCUUGAGGGAGCAAAUGGCAGCCAGACAGAACAACAACAAUAACAAGUUUCCUGUUAAUGGCUUUAGAGUCAGCCUGCCUAGCAACCAAGCUGUUGUCGCCAAUGGUAACCUUGUUGGGACUGAGUCUGAAGCUCAUGUGAAGGACAACCAGGAGGAGAGCAACAGGCUCAGGGAGGUGACUAAGCGUCUGUACGCCCAGCUGAAGGAGUCAGAGAAGAAACAUCAGGAUGAAAAAGAAAGACUGCAUGCAGAAAGCAGCGAGUUUCGCCAGCGCCUGGAUGAGCAGUCUGAACGUCUGCAGAGGGCAGAGGGGCAGGCCGAGGACCGCGGCCAACGGGUGGAGGAGCUGCAGAGGCUCCUUGGUGGCAUGGAAGUGGAGAGCGCCGGUCUGCAGGACAAGAUGGCUGCCACGGAAGCUGAGCUAAAGCAGCUGAGGGAGUCUAAGGAGGAGGUCCUGGAGAAGGAGCGGAGGUCUGAGGACUUGGAGAAGCAACUAGCCGUUCAGAAGGAGAAGAUCCACCACCUUGACGAUAUGCUGAAGUGCCACCAGAGGAAAGUCCGCCACAUGAUCGAACAGCUGCAGAACUCCCGGACAGUGAUCCAGGAAAGGGAUCGAGCGAUCAGAGAUCUGGAGGAGAAAGUGGCUUUCCUAGAAGCUGAGAACAGAGAGAUGCACGAUCAAAUGGAGUACUUCCUAGGAGGGCAGGCACCCGAGACACAGACAUCCGCUGAACACAAACCUCAAAUCCUCUUCAGUAAGCCGCUCACACCAACCACCGUUGCCAACAAGUCUCUUCCCUUCAUCAAAGUAAUUGAGAUUAAGUCCUGAGUAGUCGGCGUGAGAGAUAUAAAUAAAAAAGUGAUACAAACACACAAGCAGUCUUGACCUGGACAAACAACUCCGUAUUCCAACUCACAAAUUUAAAUAUAUGCAUAUGUUACCCCCUCCCAGAAUAAUGUUUUAAAGCAUGAAAUUCGGUCAGUGUGAAAAUGUUGCCUGUUGAGUCCAUAUGCUAAAUGUGCAGUGCAAAUACUCAGUCAACCUACUAGUGUUGUAUACUGUAGAGGAGUUGUAGGAACACUAAGUUUCAGUAGUUUGAGUAUGUCUUUUAAGGGGUACUUCUAAAUUGAACAUUUACAAAUGUUGUCCUGUUUUCUUUGCUUUCCUUAAAUCAAUGCAGUGAUAGGUUUGCUAGUUGAAGUGUCAAUACUCAUGAGUCAAUACUCAUCAAUAUUUAAGUGGCUUAAAGUUUCCCUCAUCAUACAAGGCUAUGGAUUUAAAGAUCCACUCUGUUACAACCAGUGAUCAGGUAUGCUAUCAACUGUUCAUUCGGACUGUGAGAUAUUAUUUUCUGCCUAUUAGUCAAUCCUGGUUUCAACUACAACACACUAUAUACUGUAUGUGUACUUAAUGUGAAAUAUGUCCCUCUUUGAUAGGUAAUAGUGUAGUGGUGAACUACAUUUAUUGUUAUUAUUCUUUCAUGGUUGACUUUGUUUAAAAUUAUUUUAUUUAAAAAAAGAUAUAUAUAAAAGACUGUUGUCUGUU